AUGAAUAUAAUAAAUUAUUUAUAUAACAAAAGUAAAAAUAUAUAUAAUAGAAAUAUUAACAUAUAUAAUUAUAAUAAUAUUGAAAAUGAAAAUUUAAUUAGUAAUUUUGUUGAUGUUAAUAAAAGCCAUAGUAGUUCAUCUUUAUCAUCUUCUCAUAUUUUAAUAUUAAAUAAGAGAAAUUUAAAAAAAAAAAAAAAAAAUAAUAAUAAAAAAAAAAAUGCUGAAAAAAACAUAAUUAUAAACCUAAAUAAUGUUAGACAAAUUAAAGAAGAAACUAUAAAAAUAAAUAAAAAUGAUAAAACAAAAAAUGAUGAAGGAAAAUUGGAAAAUUGUGAAUUUAAUAAAAAUAGUUUAAAUAAUAAUAAAAAGUACAAUAAAGAAAAUAAAAAUGAGGUGAAUGGUGAAUUUAACGUUGACAACAUAGCAUUUGAUACUAAAGUGUAUAAGAACAGAUGUGAUGGAAUUUGUACAAUAGAUGAUAACAUAUAUAUUUUUGAUAAAAUAAAAAAGUGUAUUUAUUUAUAUACUCCAUAUAAUAAUAUGUGGUAUAUUUUUUUAAAUAUAUAUGAAGAAAUAUCUAUAAAAAAAAGCAACAAAAUUAACAUUUCCAAUAAUGUAAUUAAAGAUGAAAUAGAAAAUAAAACGGAGAAUUAUAAGUACUUAAAUAAUAUUUCUUUUAUAAAUUAUACUGAUGUUGUUUAUUUAAAUAGUUGUAUAUUUAUUAUAAGCAGUAAUACACAAUUUAUGAAUAUUUGCAAAAUUAAUGUAAAUAACAUGAAUACUAUAUUCAGUGCUAUCGUAGUAGAUUCUCCUAAUGAUAAUAUGAAAGAUUUUAAACAUAUAUUAAAUAUGUUAAAAAGAAAAAAAAAAAACUUUUCAAAAUUUUCAUCUGAUGAAGAUAAAAUGAUAAGAAAAAAAGAGGAGGAAGAAGAAGGAAAGGAAAAUAAUAUAUACAAUACUAUAGAUAAUUCUAAAAUAAAAAUGAAUUGUUCUAAUCAAAUAUUUUGCCAAUAUGAAAAGAAGGUAAAUAAAGAUAAUGAUAAAUUUUCUGUUAACAAUGAAAAUGAUGAUUAUGAAGAAUAUGUUAAUGGAGUUUCUGAAAUUUAUGAGUUCUUAAGUAAUGAAAAAAAAAAUUGUUUAACAAAAAAGAAAAGAAUAAUAAAAGCUAGAGAUUUCUUUUCUAUUUGCAGUGUCAAUGAAAGAUAUUAUUCAUUGAUUUAUUUGUUUGGAGGAAAAGGAAAUACUAUUAAAAAAAAUAAAGAAUAUGUUGAUAUUAUUUAUAAUGAUUUAUAUGUUUACGAUUUUUUUAAGAAUAAAUGGAUUGAGUUACACAAUUACAACAAUCAAGAUGAUACAGUGAAUUUCUCUAAUGAUAAUAAUGAUGAAGAUAAUUCUGAAAUAAGUAAAAGAAACUUUUCUUUUGAUUUAAAAAGAAAUGAAAAUUUUGUUGUGUACAAUAAAAAAAAUUUAAUUGGUGAAAAAUAUAAUGGUUCUAUAGAAGAAAGUAAUAAGGAUAAUUUUCCUUUAUUUUCAUUUGACAGUAUUUCUAGUAAUGGAAAUAAUUUUAUCAAAAUAAAUGAAAAUAAGAAUAAUGAGCAUAAUAAUAAGAAUAAUUUUUCCAGUAUUAAUAAUAAUAAUGAUAGUAGUAUUAAUAAUAGUGGUAGUAGUAAUACUAAUAUAGAAAAUAAGGAGAUAAGUAAAAAUAUUAAUAAAAUUAGUUCAAUUAAAGAAAAGGAUAAUUCAAAUUAUGAAAGAGAAGAUUCGCUAUGCUCUAACUGUUUAAAUAAUAAAAAAUGUAAAUAUAUAUGCUGCUUGAUAAAAAACAAUAUAAAAAUAAAAAGUAUAAAGUGGUUAGGUAAAAGGGCAGGUCAUUCAUGUGUUUAUUAUAAAAAUAAUUUAUAUAUAUUUGGAGGUAUUAAUUAUUAUAGUUUUAGUAGUAACAAAAUUAAUUUAAAUUUUUGCAAUAACUUAUAUUUAUAUAAUAUAGAAUCAAAUAAAUGUUUUGAAAUAAUUGGAAAAGGUAAUUUGCCUGAAAAGAGGUAUAGACACAGUUGUGUUUUAAUUAAUGAUUACAUGUUUAUAAUUGGUGGAGAAUGUAAAAAUUCCACUCUUCCUAAAAAUGAUAUAUUUUUUUAUAAUUUUUCUAAUUCAGUAUGGUCAGAAAUUAUAAUAAAUUCUAAAAUUAGUUCACACUCCUUAUACAAAACAGUUUGGCUAGAAAAUUUUGGAUCUAUAUAUAUGUUCGGAUCUUCUAUAUUAAGGUUAACAAAAAAAAAUUUUCAAUAUACUCCUUCUUAUAAAAAUAAGAAAAAAAGAAUUGAAAAUCAAUAUUUUUAA